CUAGAGCCCUCUGCCUUUUUACUGCUUCUUACACCAAGUGCGCUCAGCGGUACCCCAGCUGCCCGCCCCGCCGGUUUCCUGUACAGCCACGUUCUGUUUGCUUUGAGCUACGAUGGAGCUCCUUAGCAUACUGAUGCCCAUGCUCCAGUUCUCGCUGGCUGUGGCCGUCCUGGCGCAGUCCGCGGUUGCGCUGUCCGUCCUGGAGGGCGGCAUGCUUACUUUGGUGAUGGCGCUCUGCGUUUGCGCUGUGUCCAAGUGCCCUGGGCAUGAGGAUUCUGACUGCGAGGACCGACUUGUCUCCGAGGAUGACCGGCCCUCAAGCCCGGCGUCUUCUAUCGGCGACAAGAUGGACAUGCACAUCGCCGACCGCGACGGCUUUCCGCCUGCUGACAACGAGCCCAAGCCCAAACUGCUGUGCGCUGCUGAGACUCCUCUGGGCUCGCUGGCUGAUGGCUCCCUGAAGCCUGCUGUCACCGCCCCGACCUGCGACACCAACCCCGCCUGCCCGAAGCCCGACGCCCUCGACGGUUCCGACACCGACGCCCUCGACUUCACCAUUUGCUCCUGCCUGCACGCGAGCGGCUGCCCCCUGGUCAUCAUCGACCACUCCGCCGACGAGAUUGCUCCCUACAAGCCCGCUGGCUCUGGCGCGUACCGCCUGAUGUUCCAGACAUUCACGAAGCACUGGGCCGGCGUGCAGCAGGCCUGGGACACCACUCAGGCUCUGAAGGCUCGGGCCACGGACCGCCUACAGCAGGCACUGAGCUGUCGUUUCGACAUGACCCAGAUUGGAUCUGAUCUGGUGCUCGAGUACCUGGCUCAGACGGUGUGCGAGCUUGAGACCCAGGCUGUGUGGGACCUGCAGGAGGCCGGCCAGUGGGAGGUGGAAUGGCAGGUCCGCCUGCAGGCCAUGCAGCUGGCGGUGCGUGAGGCAAAGGCCGUGGCCGAGCACGGCUGGCUGGAGAGUGUGGUCUCCGUGCCUGGCUUCGUGGUGUGAAGGCCCUGUGCGGCCGGCCGGCGAGGCGAUGGACUGACCUAUCAAAAAAUCGGUGUUUUUCAACACCACCCUAAAUGGCAUCCUGGUUUUGAGCUCGGGGUUGGAUGGGAACAGGCAACGGACUGCAAUCCGUGCAGGCGGCAAGCAAUGACGUACGGUACGGUACAGGCAAGGUCAAAUCCACAAGGAGUUUCAGUACAGGACCGCUGAUGGCACGGAGUGAUAGUGCUUGUCUUGAGGAGUCGAUUGACGCCACUUUGGUAUAAGAUGGAGGGGUUUUAACCCCUAAACACCAAGGUGGGUGGUGGCUUUGGGCGUGCGUGUGCUGGCGGCGGAUGUUUGGGGGCGGGGCGGGGUAGGAACGCGGCGCGGCGCGGCGCGUGGCAGUUCGUAGUGUAGCGGCGGGGUGACGUGGCGUGUGGCGUGGCGCGUGGCGGCGCGGCACGUUGUGGCGCGUGAUGGGUCACCGCGUGCCGAGUCCCUAUUUGAGCUCCGGGCUGCGGGGCGAUGGGGGGCACGUGAGGUCGCAGCAGGGGACCACUGAGCGCAUACCGGCAGCGAGUGAUGCGUGUGGAGACAUUGCCUUGGACAACGCGGAACAUGGGCGUGGGCGUUGCAGCCGUGGGCGUUGCAGCUGUCCGCAGCGCCCUGCGGGAGCGCUCGAGUGCUGCUGCUGGCUAGCUCGUGCAUUGGGGGUCUUGCCAGGGUCGUCCUAGGGCGGCGCGGCUUAGCCGGCCAACAUUCAACUGAGCCUGCAUCGUACCGUGGGUAUGGUGGCUGCGAUGCCGACCUUGCGCCGCGUUGUUGCUCUUCCCCGUGCUCAGGUCAAGUGCAAUACCUGCUGGCGCGGCAGCCGUGGGAGCGCUGCGGCGGCCCACAGGUGCGGGCGGAGCCGAUGGGCACACCCACGGGCUCUGGAGACCUGACGGAGGCGAGGAGCAGCUGCUGGCGCUGCUGGAGGUGGGAGCGGUUGGGGGCGAUGUCCCACGCUUUGUGGGGUUGUGCUUCAUUUCAACUUUCCAUCUGGGUGGUUAUGUGGCUGGGAUGAGUGCGUGGGUGGUGGCUUUGGGCGUGCAUGUGCUGGCGGGGGAUGUUUGGGGGCGGGGCGGGGUAGGAACGCGGCGCGGCGCGGCCCGUGGCGGUUCGUAGUGUAGCGGCGGCGUGACGUGGCGUGUGGCGUGGCGCGUGGCGGCGCGGCACGUAGUGGCGCGUGAUGGGUCACCGCGUGCCGAGUCCCUAUUUAAGCUCCGGGCUGCGGAGUGAUGGGGGGCACGUGAGGUCGCAGCAGGGGACCACUGAGCGCAUACCGGCAGCGAGUGAUGCGUGUGGAGACAUUGACUUGGACAACGCGGAACAUGGGCGUGGGCGUUGCAGCCGUGGGCGUUGCAGCUGUCCGCAGCGCCCUGCGGGAGCGCUCGAGUGCUGCUGCUGGCUAGCUCGUGCAUUGGGGGUCUUGCCAGGGUCGUCCUAGGGCGGCGCGGCUGAGCCGGCCAACAUUCAACUGAGCCUGCAUCGUACCGUGGGUAUGGUGGCUGCGAUGCCGACCUUGUGCCGCGUUGUUGCUCUUCCCCGUGCUCAGGUCAAGCGCAAUACCUGCUGGCGUGGCAGCCGUGGGAGCGCUUCGGCGGCCCACAGGUGCGGGCGGAGCCGAUGGGCACACCCACGGGCUCUGGAGACCUGACGGAGGCGAGGAGCAUCUGCAGGCGCUGGAGGUGGGAGCGGUUGGGGGCGAUGUCCCACGCUUUGUCUGGUUGCACUUCAUUUCGACUUUCCAUCUGGGUGGUUAUGUGGCUGGGAUGAGUGCACCGCAUGGCCCAAGCGAACAACAGUACAGUAGUGCGGGUGGCCCGGCCUGGCUGCAUUGGCGCGGCAGGAGGCUUGAGGGCGGUACGGGCCAGGCUGACUGCCCACAGCAGCUGUGCGCGGUGGCAUGCAGCAGGGGGCAGGUAGGUGCCAGAGCGCUUGGUGUUGUGGCUAGCAGGUGAAUGCACAUUGAGCAGCGACUGGAAUGUCCGGUGCAGGCUCGGGCACGCAGAGGCUAGUAGAACAGGGAUGGCGGGCGGAGGCAUGCGCCGUGUGCGCCGGGUACAUGGACGCACGUGUGGUAACAGCUGUGGUCGCCGUUUACACUUCUUGGUCCUACCCACAUGUGCACCGCAUUGCAGGGGACUCCUAUGCCGAGAAGCUCAGCGUUAGCUGUGCAGGAGCGGGCGUGCGGGAGAGGAACGGAGGCGCGCUGGGGGCAGAGGGCGGCACGGCGCAUGGGCUCGAGCUGGUGCAGGAGGUGGGUGCGGCGGUGGACGGGGCGUGGUGGGGCCUGCGUGUGCGGCGAAGGCUUCGCGAUGUGGGCCACCGGCCUGUGCGAGCUAGCGGGAUGUGGGUGGUGGCUUUGGGCGUGCAUGUGCUGGCGGGGGAUGUUUGGGGGCGGGGCGGGGUAGGAACGCGGCGCGGCGCGGCCCGUGGCGGUUCGUAGUGUAGCGGCGGCGUGACGUGGCGUGGCGCGUGGCGCGUGGCGGCGCGGCACGUAGUGGCGCGUGAUGGGUCACCGCGUGCCGAGUCCCUAUUUAAGCUCCGGGCUGCGGGGCGAUGGGGGGCACGUGAGGUCGCAGCAGGGGACCACUGAGCGCAUACCGGCAGCGAGUGAUGCGUGUGGAGACAUUGCCUUGGACAACGCGGAACAUGGGCGUGGGCUUUGCAGCCGUGGGCGUUGCAGCUGUCCGCAGCGCCCUGCGGGAGCGCUCGGGUGCUGCUGCUGGCUAGCUCGUGCAUUGGGGGUCUUGCCAGGGUCGUCCUAGGGCGGCGCGGCUUAGCCGGCCAACAUUCAAGUGAGCCUGCAUCGUACCGUGGGUAUGGUGGCUGCGAUGCCGACCUUGUGCCUCGUUGUUGCUCUUCCCCGUGCUCAGGUCAAGCGCAAUACCUGCUGGCGUGGCAGCCGUGGGAGCGCUUCGGCGGCCCACAGGUGCGGGCGGAGCCGAUGGGCACACCCACGGGCUCUGGAGACCUGACGGAGGCGAGGAGCAUCUGCAGGCGCUGGAGGUGGGAGCGGUUGGGGGCGAUGUCCCACGCUUUGUCAGGUUGCACUUCAUUUCGACUUUCCAUCUGGGUGGUUAUGUGGCUGGGAUGAGUGCGUGGGUGGUGGCUUUGGGCGUGCAUGUGCUGGCGGGGGAUGUUUGGGGGCGGGGCGGGGUAGGAACGGGGCGCGGCGCGGCCCGUGGCGGUUCGUGGUGUAGCGGCGGCGUGACGUGGCGUGUGGCGUGGCGCGUGGCGGCGCGGCACGUAGUGGCGCGUGAUGGGUCACCGCGUGCCGAGUCCCUAUUUGAGCUCCGGGCUGCGGGGCGAUGGGGGGCACGUGAGGUCGCAGCAGGGGACCACUGAGCGCAUACCGGCAGCGAGUGAUGCGUGUGGAGACAUUGCCUUGGACAACGCGGAACAUGGGCGUGGGCGUUGCAGCCGUGGGCGUUGCAGCUGUCCGCAGCGCCCUGCGGGAGCGCUCGGGUGCUGCUGCUGGCUAGCUCGUGCAUUGGGGGUCUUGCCAGGGUCGUCCUAGGGCGGCGCGGCUUAGCCGGCCAACAUUCAACUGAGCCUGCAUCGUACUGUGGGUAUGGUGGCUGCGAUGCCGACCUUGCGCCGCGUUGUUGCUCUUCCCCGUGCUCAGGUCAAGUGCAAUACCUGCUGGCGCGGCAGCCGUGGGAGCGCUUCGGCGGCCCACAGGUGCGGGCGGAGCCGAUGGGCACACCCACCGGCUCUGGAGACCUGACGGAGGCGAGGAGCAUCUGCAGGCGCUGGAGGUGGGAGCGGUUGGGGGCGAUGUCCCACGCUUUGUCUGGUUGCACUUCAUUUCGACUUUCCAUCUGGGUGGUUAUGUGGCUGGGAUGAGUGCGUGGGUGGUGGCUUUGGGCGUGCAUGCGCUGGCGGGGGAUGUUUGGGGGCGGGGCGGGGUAGGAACGCGGCGCGGCGCGGCCCGUGGCGGUUCGUAGUGUAGCGGCGGCGUGACGUGGCGUGUGGCGUGGCGCGUGGCGGCGCGGCACGUAGUGGCGCGUGAUGGGUCACCGCGUGCCGAGUCCCUAUUCAAGCUCCGGGCUGCGGGGCGAUGGGGGGCACGUGAGGUCGCAGCAGGGGACCACUGAGCGCAUACCGGCAGCGAGUGAUGCGUGUGGAGACAUUGCCUUGGACAACGCGGAACAUGGGCGUGGGCGUUGCAGCCGUGGGCGUUGCAGCUGUCCGCAGCGCCCUGCGGUAGCGCUCGGGUGCUGCUGCUGGCUAGCUCGUGCAUUGGGGUCUUGCCAGGGUCGUCCUAGGGCGGCGCGGCUUAGCCGGCCAACAUUCAACGCUGGAGGUGGGAGCGGUUGGGGGCGAUGUCCCACGCUUUGUCUGGUUGCACUUCAUUUCGACUUUCCAUCUGGGUGGUUAUGUGGCUGGGAUGAGUGCGUGAGUACGUAUGCCCUGGAUCAUCUGGACCCACAUGCCCGGCAUGGGCUACAGCCACCGGUGUGUGGGAAGGCGUCACCCGACCAAGUUUGACUUGCAUGUCAGUCCCUCAACUUGGAGUGCUGAUGCGCCCCGCAACAUUCUGACAUUGGCCGACUGACGAUGCCCAGUGUGUGAUGCGAUGUGCAGGAGGUGGGUGGUGGCUUUGGGCGUGCAUGUGCUGGCGGGGGAUGUUUGGGGGCGGGGCGGGGUAGGAACGCGGCGCGGCGCGGCCCGUGGCGGUUCGUAGUGUAGCGGCGGCGUGACGUGGCGUGUGGCGUGGCGCGUGGCGGCGCGGCACGUAGUGGCGCGUGAUGGGUCACCGCGUGCCGAGUCCCUAUUUAAGCUCCGGGCUGCGGGGCGAUGGGGGGCACGUGAGGUCGCAGCAGGGGACCACUGAGCGCAUACCGGCAGCGAGUGAUGCGUGUGGAGACAUUGCCUUGGACAACGCGGAACAUGGGCGUGGGCGUUGCAGCCGUGGGCGUUGCAGCUGUCCGCAGCGCCCUGCGGGAGCGCUCGGGUGCUGCUGCUGGCUAGCUCGUGCAUUGGGGGUCUUGCCAGGGUCGUCCUAGGGCGGCGCGGCUUAGCCGGCCAACAUUCAACUGAGCCUGCUGCAUCGUACCGUGGGUAUGGUGGCUGAGAUGCCGACCUUGUGCCUCGUUGUUGCUCUUCCCCGUGCUCAGGUCAAGUGCAAUACCUGCUGGCGCGGCAGCCGUGGGAGCGCUUCGGCGGCCCACAGGUGCGGGCGGAGCCGAUGGGCACACCCACCGGCUCUGGAGACCUGACGGAGGCGAGGAGCAUCUGCAGGCGCUGGAGGUGGGAGCGGUUGGGGGCGAUGUCCCACGCUUUGUCUGGUUGCACUUCAUUUCGACUUUCCAUCUGGGUGGUUAUGUGGCUGGGAUGAGUGCACCGCAUGGCCCAAGCGAACAACAGUACAGUAGUGCGGGUGGCCCGGCCUGGCUGCAUUGGCGCGGCAGGAGGCGUGAGGGCGGUACGGGCCAGGCUGACUGCCCACAGCAGCUGUGCGCGGUGGCAUGCAGCAGGGGGCAGGUAGGUGCCAGAGCGCUUGGUGUUGUGGCAAGCAGGUGAAUGCACAUUGAGCAGCGACUGGAAUGUCCGGUGCAGGCGCGGGCACGCAGAGGCUAGCAGAACAGGGAUGGCAGGCGGAGGCAUGCGCCGUGUGCGCAGCCAACCCGCAGCCGGGUACAUGGACGCACGUGUGGUAACAGCUGUGGUCGCCGUUUACACUUCUUGGUCCUACCCACAUGUGCACCGCAUUGCAGGGAACUCCUAUGCCGAGAAGCUCAGCAUCAGCUGUGCAGGAGCGGGCGUGCGGGAGAGGAACGGAGGCGCGCUGGGGGCAGAGGGCGGCACGGCGCAUGGGCUCGAGCUGGUGCAGGAGGUGGGUGCGGCGGUGGAGGGGGCGUGGUGGGGCCUGCGUGUGCGGCGGAGGCUUCGCGAUGUGGGCCAUCGGCCUGUGCGAGCUAGCGGGAUGUGGGUAAGCGCCGCGCGAUUUGGGUACAGAAUACUGAAUUACAAUUAGUUUGCGCGGCGUUGGCGUCUGGAGGUGGCCCUGUGCGUUGGUCGCGUUUUGGCACAGGUGAGCCGCGGUUGGGUCAAACAACCGCCUGCAUUGCGCUGACUUUCUCGGCU